CGCUGCUACAGCGGGCGGCAUGGCGAGCACGGCGUCGGAGAUCAUUGCCUUCAUGGUUUCCAUCUCCGGCUGGGUGCUGGUGUCCUCCACGCUGCCCACCGACUACUGGAAGGUGUCCACCAUCGACGGCACGGUCAUCACCACCGCCACCUAUUGGGCCAACCUUUGGAAGAUGUGCGUUACCGACUCCACGGGCGUCUCCAACUGCAAGGACUUCCCCUCCAUGCUGGCUCUAGACGGUUAUAUCCAGGCAUGUAGAGGACUUAUGAUUGCCGCCGUCAGCCUGGGCUUUUUUGGUUCCAUAUUUGCCCUGUUUGGAAUGAAAUGUACCAAAGUCGGAGGCUCAGAUAAAGCCAAAGCUAAAAUUGCUUGUUUGGCCGGGAUUGUAUUCAUACUGUCAGGGCUGUGCUCCAUGACCGGGUGUUCCCUGUAUGCAAACAAAAUCACAACAGAGUUCUUUGAUCCCCUCUUCGUGGAGCAAAAGUAUGAAUUAGGAGCUGCUCUGUUUAUUGGAUGGGCAGGAGCCUCACUCUGCAUAAUUGGUGGUGUCAUAUUUUGCUUUUCAAUAUCUGACAACAACAAAGCACCCAGAAUGGGAUACACAUACAAUGGGGCCACAUCUAUCAUGUCUUCUCGGACAAAGUAUCACGGUGGAGAAGAUUUUAAAACCACAAACCCUUCAAAACAGUUUGAUAAAAACGCUUACGUCUAAAAAGAGCACUGCCCGCUAGCCGUGUCUUGAGCUUGUUUUAAACGUGAACUGUUCACAGAAUGCUGCCAUAAAGGCCCUCCUACAAUUAACACUCAAACUAUUUUUAAAAUACAAAUUUGAAGAACUUGUUGAUUAUCGGAUGUAAAUGUUCUUACAUAGUUACAUACUAA